AAAAAUUGGUGAAAAUUUUACUUCAGUAGGUAGUCAGCGGAAAAUUGAAAUAGAAUACAAAUUAAACAUUUAAAAUUUAAUUAAAAAUAACAACAACAGGUGCGGCAAGUAAAACAAUUAUAAUCAAACUCAGUGUUUAAAACAUUUUCUAUGUUGAAAAGUUAUAUUCUCAUUCAUCAUACCGCUUAUAGUGAGCAUUCACUUCGAUUUGUCGAGCCCGGUUAUGGCGGAUCAAUCUUCAGUGUUAGCGCUGAUUAUUUUAGCGGUUGGUGUCACUGUGCACUUCUCCCUGCAUAAAGUGGAAGAAGGACAUGUCGGCGUUUAUUAUCGGGGUGGGGCUCUGCUCCCUGUUACCAGCCAGCCAGGUUUUCACAUGAUGAUACCAUUGUUGACAUCAUACAAAUCUAUUCAGACCACACUUCAAACGGAUGAAGUGAAAAAUGUGCCCUGCGGUACUAGUGGAGGUGUUAUGAUAUACUUUGAAAGGAUUGAAGUGGUCAAUAAGUUAGAACCAGUGAGUGUAUUGGAUAUGGUCCGCAACUUCACAGCGGAGUAUGACAAGACACUGAUAUUUAACAAGGUCCACCAUGAGCUGAACCAGUUCUGUAGUGCACACACUCUGCAUGAGGUGUAUAUAGACCUCUUUGACCAAAUUGAUGAAAACUUGAGGACUGCUUUGCAGAGGGACUUGGAUGAAAUGGCACCAGGCCUCAGGGUGCAAGCUGUGAGAGUCACGAAACCUAAGAUACCUGAAGCUAUUCGCAAAAACUAUGAACUUAUGGAAGCUGAGAAAUCUAAACUCCUGAUUGCUGCCCAGCAUCAAAAAGUGGUAGAAAAGGAAGCAGAAACAGCUCGCCGAAAGGCAGUCAUUGAAGCUGAGAAGGAGGCUCAAGUGGCUAAAAUCCAGUAUGAACAGAAAAUCAUGGAGAAAGAGUCUUUGCAGAAGAUUGAACUGAUUGAGGACAGCAUCCAUAAAGCUAAACAGACAACGAAAGCAGAGGCCGAUUAUUACCACCUGAAAAAGCAGGCCGAAGCAAACAAAUUAUUACUCACAAGAGAAUAUCUGGAGUUGAAGAAGUAUGAAGCCCUCAGCCUGAACAAUAAGGUGUAUUUCGGAAAUGACAUCCCCAACAUGUUUCUGCAGGCCACUGUUGGGGACAGCAUACCACAGACUGUCCAUGUUGAAUGAGAUAAUCACACUGUAAAACGUUAACUAGUCAUUGAGUAAUGUGUUCCAGUGUUUUGACAUAAAAAUAUUUGAGAAUUUCAUGUAAAUUUUGUGCAAAUGUUUGUGUGUAAAUAAUUUGUCUUAGGUGAAGUAAAUGUGAUAAUUUAAAAUAUACUAUUCAACACACUUCUGUUAUGUAACAGAGACAAAAAUGCUAUUUAGUGAAUAAUCUCAUUUUGAUUUUGGACUGUUUUUUUUUUUGUUAUGUCCAUGAAUUAGAUAGCUUUUUCAUGUGAAAUAAAAGAGAAAAUGAGAAAAA